UGGGGGUGGGGGGGACCGCGAGUAAAAGUGGAGGUGACGAGAGCAGGCUCCGCUCUGGUCCGAGGUAGGUGAUGGAGGCGUGACUGGCGGUUUUGUGAACGAACUUUGAUAAUUCGGUUGGAGCUGGGACCGCUGAGCCGCUUGUCUUCACGCGUGGCGCCACGGAUCUGUACGGGGAAGGGGAAGGGGUGCCGCUUGCGAGACGGCCAGGAGUGGGGGACCCGUUGACUUGUGUGACCGAGGGGGGGUGGCUGGACGCUGAUUGGUUGCGGGAGACGGAGGCCGACGUGUGGCCAGGCUGUCACCUGGAGCGGCCCCGGGGCACCUGUGAGCUUUGUGCGCGUGUGCUCCUGCUGCGCGUGUGCUCUCGAUGCGCGCGUGCUCCUGGUGCGCGUGUGCGCGGCCGCAUUUCUGCCCUGCCCUCCGCUGGCUGCCGCCCUGUGCCAGGCAGUGUGUCCCGGUGAGGAGGCGGCCGGGGGCCUUCGAAUUGUGCUCUCACGUAGGGCACGGGCAUUACGUGUUUCUUAAGUUGCUUGAAAAGCAAGUCCUGUAUCAUUCCAGUGGCCGGGACGUUUCGUUAGGAUUUUGAAGUUAGAUGAUAGCAAGCCCAGGGCUUGUGCCUUUCUUGUAUUCACUCGCUCAUCCUCACCAACUGCUUCCGAGGUUGUGCGCUCCUGUUUUACGGUCACCUGAGGCCCUGGGAUUAAGUAAUUUGCCAGAUUUUUUACAGCUUAUAAAUUGUGGAGUUGAUUUGAACCCAGGAAGUGCGGUUAAAGAAUAUACGUGUGUUUUUAAAUGUUUGUUUAUUUUGGGAGAACAAGUGAGCAGGGGAGGGGCAGAGGGAGGGAGAGCAAGCGAAUCCCACGCGGGCUGUACACCGUCAGCGCAGAGCCCGAGCGGGGCUCAGACCCAUGGACGGUGAGAUCGUGACCUGAGCUGAAAUCCAGCCGGAGGCUUCCCUGACUCAGCCACCAGGUGCCCCCCAGUUCCAGAGUCUUUGCCGGAAAGAUUCAAAAAUGUUUCAAAUUCCUGUGGAAAAUCUUGACAACAUCAGGAAGGUACGAAGAAAGGUGAAAGGCAUUCUUGUGGAUAUUGGGCUUGACAGCUGCAAGGAGUUGCUGAAGGACCUUAAAGGCUUUGAUCCAGGAGAGAAGUACUUUUUUAACACAUCAUGGGGAGAUAUUUCUCUCUGGGAACCUUCUGGAAAGAAAGUGAGAUAUCGAACAAAGCCAUACUGUUGUAGCCUCUGUAAAUACUCUACAAAAGUGCUUACUUCAUUCAAAAAUCAUUUACAUCGCUACCAUGAAGACGAAAUUGAUCAAGAGCUGGUGAUCCCUUGCCCAAACUGUGUAUUUUCCUCUCAACCCAAAGUUGUGGGAAGGCACUUCAGAAUGUUUCAUGCACCUGUCCGGAAAGUCCAGAACUACACAGUGAAUAUUUUAGGCGAACCUAAGUCUUCUAGGAGUGAUGUGAUAAGUUUUACAUGUUUAAAAUGUAACUUUUCAAACACUUUGUACUACAGUAUGAAGAAGCAUGUGUUGGUAGCCCAUUUUCACUACUUAAUUAACUCCUACUUUGGCCUGCGAACUGAGGAAACGGGUGAGCAACCGAAAACCGACGAAAGUCUUUCUACUGAGAAGAUGCCACCGUCUGACAAGUACUAUUGUAAAAAGUGCAACGCCAAUGCCAGCAGCCAGGAUGCUUUAAUGUACCAUAUUUUGACUUCAGAUAUACACAGGGAUUUGGAAAAUAAACUCAGAUCUGUGAUCUCAGAACAUAUUAAGAAGCCCGGCCUUUUGAAGCAGAUGCACAUUGCUCCAAAGCCAGUGGCACCCUUGGCCGUGCCCCCAAACGGCGGAGCUCCGGGCAUCGCAGCCACAUCUCCCUGCUUUCGUCUUGCCUUGCCACAGAACAGCCAAAGCCAGACCGUCGUGCAGCCAGUGCAGGGCGCAGUCCAGCCAGUGACUGUGGCCUCGGGCACUUCUGGAAGCCUCACCCACUCUCCGCCUGCUGUUGCCCAGUCCCACGUGACCCUGGUCUCCAGUCCUCUGCCGGUGGGCCAGAGCAACCUCCCUCUGCCGCCCUCAGCCCCGCAGCCUGUCUUUCUUUCUCAUGGAGUCCCGCUUAAUCAGUCUGCAAAUCCUCCUGUGUUGCCCUUGAGUCAGCCAGUCGGACCUAUCAAUAAGUCUGUUGCAACUGGUGUCCUCCCCUUAAACCAGACCAUCCGCCCAGGGGCCGUAUCCCUUAGCCAGCCGGUCGGGCCCAUAAACAGACCAGUUGGGCCUGGAGUUCUUUCAGUAAACAGACCUGCUGGGCCUGGAGUUCUUCCUGUCAGUCCGUCCGUCACUCCCGGGGUUCUUCAGGCCGUCUCACCAGGGGUGAUUUCUGUGAGUCGGACAGUCCCGUCAGGGGUCCUGCCUGCAGGCCAGAUGACCCCUGCCGGGGUCAUCCCUUCGGGACAGACGGCAACUUCUGGGGUGCUUCCUGCGGGCCAGAUGGUCCAGUCAGGGGUUCUCCCCAUUGGCCAGACGGCCCCAUCGGGGGUUCUCCCCGCUGGGCUGACGGCCCCCUCGCGGGUUCUGUCUGCGGGCCAGACGGUCCCGCUGAGGGUUCUGCCUGCAGGCCAGGUCGUCCCACCGGGGCUCCUUUCUCCCAACCAGACGGUCUCGUCGGGUGUUCUCCCUGUGAACCAGGGUAUUAAUUCCGGUGUUCUGCAGCUCAGCCAGCCUGUCAUGUCAGGAGUGCUGCCUGUGGGCCAGCCAGUGAGGCCUGGAGUCCUGCAACUGAAUCAGCCUGUGAGCACCAACAUCCUGCCUGCAGGUCAGCCAGUUAGACCUGGCGCUUCUCAGAACACCACUUUCCUCACGUCAGGCUCUAUUCUCAGACAGCUGAUACCUACAGGGAAACAGGUGAAUGGGAUUCCCACGUACACACUUGCCCCCGUAUCUGUCACUUUGCCUGUGCCUCCAGGAGGUGUUGCAACUGUCCCCCCACCCCAGGUGCCCAUCCAGCUCCUGCAGUCGGGCACAGCUGCACAGAUGGCCAGUUCCAUGGCCAGCAUGCCCUCUCCUCCAGUGGUGGUGAAUGCCACUCAGAAUAUGUUUGUUCAGGCGUCUCCAUCUGUGGCAGAGGCCAGUCAGGCGCUCAAACAGGCGAAGCAGUGGAAAACCUGUCCGGUCUGUAAUGAGCUCUUCCCUUCCAAUGUCUACCAGGUUCAUAUGGAAGUGGCUCAUAAGCAUAGUGAGUCCAAAUCUGCUGAAAAAUUGGAGCCUGAAAAGCUGGCAGCGUGUGCGCCGUUUUUAAAGUGGAUGAGAGAGAAAACCGUUCGCUGUCUCUCUUGUAAGUGCUUAGUGUCCGAGGAGGAGCUUAUCCAUCACUUGCUCAUGCACGGCCUGGGGUGCUUGUUCUGUCCGUGCACUUUUCAUGACAUUAAAGGUCUUUCGGAGCACAGUAGGACUGUGCACCGAGGGAAGAAGAAGUUACCUGUGGAUUAUAGUAACAAAGGUUUUCAAUUGGAUAUCGAUGCUAAUGGCAACCUGCUGUUUCCCCAUCUUGACUUCAUUACCAUAUUGCCAAAGGAGGAGCUUGGGGAGCGGGAAGUCUACUUGGCGAUACUGGCGGGGAUACACUCCAAGUCACUGGUGCCUGUGUAUAUAAAGGUGAGGCCCCAGACGGAGGGCGCCUCCGGGAGCCCCAGCAAACAGGCUCUGACUUGCCCCUUCUGCUUUGGCACCUUUGUGACGACGGAGGCAUACGAGCUGCAUUUGAAGGAGAGGCACCACAUCACGCCAACGGUCCACACCAUCCUGAAGUCUCCGGCCUUCAAGUGCAUCCACUGCUGUGGGGUCUACACGGGCAACAUGACCCUGGCAGCCAUCGCCAUCCACCUGCUGCGCUGCAGGAGUGCCCCAAAGGACAGCAGCUCAGACCUCCAGAUCCAGCCUAGUUUUAUUGAGAACAGCGAGCUGCUCUUGGUGAAUGGGGAGGUGAUCCACGACUCCAGUUUUUCUGUGAAGAGGAAGCUGCCCGAUGGCCACUUUGGGACAGAAGACCAGAGGGACGUGGAGGAGCGGCCCCUCGUCAUAAACACCGACGCAGCCCCGGCUCCCGAAAAGGUGACGAGUGCGGUGCCUUUUAAAAGACAAAGGAAUGAAAUCAGGACAGAGGGACCGCUCAUUAGUGAGGAUGCCCUUCAGAUUUUAGCAUUAAAUCCUAAAAAAUAUGAAGACCGUUCUUACGAGGAAAAAAAGCAAUUUCUUAGAGAUUAUUUCCACAAGAGACCAUAUCCUAGUAAAAAGGAAAUAGAACUUCUUUCCUCACUCUUGUGGGUGUGGAAGAUUGAUGUGGCUUCAUUUUUUGGAAAAAGAAGAUACAUUUGCAUGAAAGCAAUAAAAAAUCACAAGCCUUCUGUGCUUUUAGGCUUUGAUAUGUCUGAACUUAAAAACGUUAAACACAGGUUGAACUUUGAGUUUGAGCCACAAAACUUGUAAAAAAAAAAAAAAUAGGAAAUCUGAAGUACUAGAUAUUUAGUAGUUUUUUCAAUUGAGAUUUAAAAAAAUGUUAUUUUCUUCACUGUAUGUUGAACUAAUCAAUUUCAGUGGUCUUUAUGCUGCUCUUUAGAUUUAUUUCAGGUGCUCAGAAAGACUUCUAUAUAAAAGAAGUGAAUAGUUGUUUCGGAUUUAUUGUUUCCUGCAGUUUGAUUUUGUAACAAUUAUUUUUAGUUCUUCCCUGUCAUGUAAAUUAAAUCCUUGGCUCUUUCAUGCACGUCUUGUUUCCUAGUAGUGUCAGUAUCGUAGGAUGAAAACUGAAACCUGUAUGUUUGUGUUUUCAUGUAAGGAAAUUUCAGCUUGUUUCAGAAUACUUGAUUAACUGCAUUGAUCUCCCUCAGUUAGCUUCACGUGUAGCAGCAAACGGUAAGCGCCGAGGCUGACAGAAGUGAGUACACACCCCUGUGAUGUGUGUGCUUCCCUCAGGAUGCACUGCGUUCACUUGCGCUGGUUUCUUCUUCUCAAGGUACUUGCUUUCUAGAUUGUGAUUCUGAUUUACGUUUUUUCAAGUUUGUCCUAGCUGCUGUCUUUUAUUACAACUCAUAGAAAACCAAAUGUUUUCCUUUGUUAAAAAUAUACUGAACCUGAAGCUUGCUAUUUAGCUCGUUAAGAGUUAUUUUCAAAUAAAGCAGUUUUGUAGGUGCGGAAAUCCUUUUUAGUGUGGACUUCUCCCCUUUUUGAUAUGGUGGUAAGUCAUUUCCCCGUUCAAAAGUAAGACAAUACAUUUUUAGUGCCUUUAGAGUAAAUGCCGAACACACACUCAGACUCUCCUCCCAAUCCAACUCUUCAUAAACCAGUGAAAGGAAAGGACCAUGUGACUCAGGAAUAAAAUUUUUACCCCUGAGUGUGGAAGCUAACUAGAGUGUAGACAUAGGUUUUCAGAGAACGAAGCAAUGAGUAGAGCAAGAGCUGUAUCCGUGUUGCUGUAUUACAUCUUUGACAGUUUUCUAGAGGUAAACGUACUUGUUCUGGGGAGAUGGGCUUUCCUCUAGCCCAGUUGUCUGGGUUAAUGGGGUGGGGAUUGCUGAAGAACUCCACUGUAUUACUGUCCUUUGGACAGUUAAACCUCCAGGGUUUUUUUCCACACACACAAUAACUAAAAGCACCAGAGCCAGCAAUGGAGACCAGCCAGUUUUGACCUUAAAUCAUAUUCCUGGUGGUACCCAGCAGAGGCACCUGUCCGACGUACUCAGAGGAUAUGACGGUCUCUGGGAAAUAAGACAAUGUUACUCUAUGGAUUUUAAAAAGUAGAAUUCUUGCAUGUAAUUGCUAUAAUGUGCAUUUUUGAGGCAAUUGUGAAACUGGUCUGUGAUUGUUGGUGUACUCUGUUGUAAAUCCAAAAAGAGCUUGUUGAAGUUUAUUUUUUUUUUAACCUAUUGUUUCAGAGUGUCUAUUUUGAAUUAAAAUUUGUUAUACCACUGCAAA